UUAUGAUAACGUUUGGGAAAAUUGAUUAGUAACAAUUAACAUAUUUUGCGUUUGACGCUAGUUGCUACUAAGUACUACUUUAUUCAUAUUUAUUAUUUAUGUAUUUUCUGUGCUAUCUUGUUGGCUGUUGCGAUACGUUAAUUUUGUUGGAUAAAUAGUUAUAAUUCAACAGUGAAACAGUGAAAUACAAUAAAUCUGGUUGCGAAUUGCAAUUAUGUCAACUUUUAGCAAAGAAUGGUGGAUCAAAUUCUUUACAGAUACCGGCAUUCCCACAUUUGCAUCUUCAAAAUAUGCUACUAUUUUUCAUGAAAAUAGAAUACAGUCUAAUAUGUUAAUGGAUUUAGAUAAAGAUAUACUUAAGGAGAUGGGCAUAACUGUUAUUGGUGAUAUUAUUGCCAUAUUGAAGCAUGCAAAAGAUGUUUACAGAGAGGGUUUUUACGGCAAUAAUGGAAAUGAAAUUUCAGUAUCAAAGAGUAAUUCUUCUGUAAAUAAUGAAACUGUACCGCAAAAGAAAAAAUCUGUUGCUAAUAAGGUAAAAAAAGUAAUCGUAAAGAAAGUAAAAGUUUCUAGUGAAAGUGAAUAUGAAGAAGAUACACUACCCAUAAAAACUGUCAAGAGAAUAGUGCCUUCACAACCUCCAACUAAAAUAAUAGUUAGGAAAGUUGUAUCGAAAACAAAAUCUACUCCACUCAAAAUCAAACCAGUGGUGUUAAAUAGUGAUGAUGAUGAUUCUCCUUCACCGACUGAGUUAAAAACUAAGAGUUCCGUUUUUGAUCGUCUAGGAGUUGGUGAUGUUAGUAGUACAACACCUAAUCUUGAUAAUGCAUCAACUUCAGAAUCGAGAAAGUCGUCUGUGUUUAAUCGACUUGGAAAGAAACAAAACCAUGAAUUAACUACAGUGCCAUCAAAGCGCUCUGCACCAGUUAGUGUAUGUUAUGGACCCAGUAUUCCUUCAGAAGAGAGUAGUGCACUUACAAAGAGAAUAAAGAAUGAAGUUUCAAAUUCUAGUUCAUCAAAGUCUGUGUUUGAACGUAUUGGAGCUUCGUGUGACAACUUAAAAAAAAGUCCAGGUCUUGUGUCAAAAAGUGCUCUUUUAAGAAAUGCUAACACAACUGCAACUGGAAGGCCAAUACACGUCAAUCCAAAAGUGUUGAAUGUAAACAAAUUGAGCCAGUUAAAUCGUUCACAUUUCAGAAGUUGUGAUUAAGACUCAUACUUUAUUUUAAACCGUUCUUUUAAGUUAAUUACUUUUUCUACUAUGUGAACAAUUUUUUUAAUACAACCUCAAAACCAGAAUUUAAGUUUUAUUUUGUUUAUACUUGUCAAGUAUAUCUAUGUCUGUGUAUUUCUUUUUGAACUGACAUUAAAUAACAAGUUUUUAAUUUUUAAGGUCUUGCCCUAUUAUUACUAAUGUUGCUAAAAAUAUUAUUUGAAUAAAAAU